AUGUCGGACCAAGACCUUCAACGCUUCAUUGCGUGUCUCUCGACAACAUCAGCACUUCAACAUCUCACUCUGUCGCAUAAUUUGUGUUCAUUUGCUACCAUUCAAAAGUUGCGAGGGCAGAUCGAAGGAAGAGUAUUGAUAGGUCUCAGAGAGCUGCACUGUGUGGCCAUUACGGCAGAUGAAGUGGCUAUGGGCUAUUUGCUCGAGGUGCUCCAGAUUAAUCCCUCCUGUUGCCCACAUCUGCAUACACUCGACGUGAGUGGCAACCCUCUCAAUAACUCCAAAGCAGCGACUCAAUUUGCGAGGAUCUUCACCUUGUCGUCGGAAGUAUUGACACUCAACAUUUCAAGUAUGCAACUUGGGGAUGAGGGUCUUCGAACAAUAGCCACGGCUAUUCUGCAAGGCCCAGAAUUAAGGAUCCAGCGUUUAGACAUGUCAGACAAUGCUAUUGGGACAUCUAUCGACGUGUUCGCUCGGGCACUAGCAGCGGGCAAGCUGCCACAUCUUCGCUCACUGACAAUUGCAGAUAAUGAGCUAGGGGCGUUGGAAUUCGAGACGUUGGGCUCUGUAUUGGCUACUGGUUGCUGCUCUCGGCUUCAAGCUCUAGAUCUGUCAGCAAACUCUGCACGUGGAGAAGGCAUUACCCGCUUCUGCCCAUUCUUGGUAUCACCUCCAGCACGAUACCUUUGGUCACUCGAUCUGAGCAACAAUGCCAUCCCACACCGUGCACUACUUCGACUCAGCGAGACGUUGGCUCGUGGCACCUGUGAGCAACUCCACGAACUCAACUUGUCGUGCAACCCCGAGCUGAAGGCCAUUGUGUCCUUCUUGGAACUCAUUCGACGCAAAGCUUUGCCCUCUCUCACCAUCCUGCAGGUAGGAUACGCUCAGAGUCGCUGCGAAGGCCACAAGCUCGUGCGAGACACACUCAAAAGACAGAGUAGACGACAAAAACAGCAUCAUUUCGAAAAAAACUUAUUAAAAAUUCAGUUAGAAAACGAUGCCAAGGCAGAGCGAGACCAAAAACGAUGCCAGCGACAAGCGCAACGUCUUCGUGAGGUCUACGACCGUCUCGAGAACGAAGCGGAUCGAGCUCUACGACGUCGAAAGCAAGUGAAAAAGUCCUCCCAACUGCACAUUCACCAAGAGAUAACGCGACUAAAGCAGCAACGCAGCAGUGCUCGCCUCGACCGAGACCCUCACCUUUGA